AUGACGACUCGCUAUCGCGUCGAGUAUGCCCUCAAGACACAUCGCCGGGACCAACUGAUUGAAUGGAUCAAGGGCCUGCUAGCGGUCCCCUUUGUACUGCAUUCCCAGCCCACGGCCAUCUGUCUGGAGUCCAGCGAAGGGCUCAACACGGCUGCCGCCGACACCCACCAGCGCUAUGCCGAAAUUAUGCGCGACGUGGAAAAUCUGAUCCUCGACCAUAUUGAUCAUCACGAACGCAAUGCCCCGGGCAAGUCCAAGCUCAAGCUGCUGGUGCCUUCGGUUGGGACUUUUUUCACGCGCCUGCAUUUGGAGGAUGCUUUCAAGUACCAGGAUAAUCGUCGGUUCAUUAGCCGGCGGAGAUUCGUAGCCCCUUCGUUCAACGAUAUCCGGCUCAUCUUGAACUCGGCCCAACUGCAGGGUCUCGUCCGCACUAGCGAGGUCCAGCUGGUGACCUUCGAUGGAGAUGUAACCCUUUACGAUGACGGUGCCUGUCUGACGGCAGAUAACCCGGUGAUCCCGCGGAUUAUGCGUCUUCUAGAGCAAGGGCGCAAAGUAGGAAUUGUCACCGCGGCCGGGUACGAGGAGGCUUCGAAAUAUUAUGGCCGCCUACGGGGCCUCUUGGAUACAGUUCAUGAUUCGACCACCUUGACUGCUGCGCAAAAGCAAGGCAUCAUCGUUAUGGGCGGCGAGAGCAAUUUCUUAUUCCGCUUUGAUCAGGACUCGGACGUCCGACUCGUCUACGUGCCCCGUGAUGAAUGGCUGCUGGAUGACAUGCGGGCAUGGCGGGAUGAAGACAUCAAACAGCUUCUUGAUCUCGCCGAGUCGGCUCUGCGAGCCUGUUCGGCAAACCUGAGUCUGCCAGCUGCCAUCCUGCGCAAGGAUCGGGCGGUCGGUGUCUAUCCAGUGAAUGGAGUCCGUAUCAACCGCGAGCAAUUGGAGGAGACUGUGCUAGUGGUGCAGAAUACAGUAGAAAGAUCUGCCGUCGGCUCCCGCCUCCCAUUCUGCGCCUUCAACGGGGGAAAUGAUGUCUUCGUCGACAUCGGUGACAAGUCCUGGGGUGUUCGAGUCUGCCAGCAGUACUUCGGCGGCAUCGACCCAUCGAAAACGCUGCACAUUGGAGACCAAUUCUUAUCGGCUGGGGCUAAUGAUUUUAAGGCCCGUCUAGCUUCCACAACUGCUUGGAUUGCCAGCCCCGCAGAGACAGUGGAUCUUUUGGACGAGUUGGAAUGCGCAGUCAAUCCUAUCUAA